AUGGGAACCGACAUUUUUGUAGACUUUACACUUGGGGAAACGCUGCCUUUAAAUAGCAUUCUUCGGCGCUCUCAAUGGACUGAUUGUUGUCUGCUAGUACGACAAAGCUACAAGCGAGAACAGCUGCAGCAAAAGGGAAUAUUAGGAUGA